AUGCUGACGAGCCGCCUUCUCAAGUUGCAAGAUGUCUGUUUGCGCCUGCUGGGCAUCAAUUUAUUUGCUGGCAGGCAUUGCGGAUCGGUUUCAUGCAAUGUGGCAAAUAUGGACAAGUUGACCGACGGCCGCUGCUCGCUAAUGAUUACUUUGUUGGCUCUCUACAAGUCGUCGCACACGGCCCAUUGUAGGAAUCCGUGGGAUAAUCGCAUUGCACGCAACUAUUUGGUAUCGUAUGUGUGGAAUGCAUCAGGCGUAGUGGGCGUCCUGCUCUUUACUGUGUGCAUGGAUACAGUUUUCUGCUCGCUGACCUGCAACUUGUGUGCGCUGUUCGAAAUAGCGCAGAGCCAAAUGAAACGAUUUCGGGGCGAAACUUUGUCGGAGACCCAGACGAAUUUACGAAACAUUUUAACAAUUUACCAGUACUCUCUACACAUGUCGCUGACAUUGAAUCGCCUGUUCCGGCCUUUGAUCAACAUGCAGUUCCUUGUGGCGUCGCUGCUUCUGUGCGUGCUAAGCUAUCAGCUGUCUGAAAAUCUAGCUCAGCUGGAGGUCCUACAUUAUGCUGCAUUCACCAGCUCCAUUCUGGCCCAGAUUUUCCUCUACUGUCACUGCGGUGGGCAUCUCAAAGAGCAGAGUCAACAAUUUGCGUGGGCCAUCUAUGACAGCGCCUGGUUUGAGGUCACCUGCAUUUGA